AUGACACAAGAGACGAAAGUCCAAAGUUCAAUUAGUCAAUUCUUCAAAAGUCAAAGUUCAAACCAGAAGCUGAAAAAAGAUGAUGUCGAUAAUUCAAAUAAUAUAAUUGAUUUAACCAAUGCUGAUGAGAAAGUACCAUCUCGGUUGGCAAAUUUCGAACAUAAACCAGAUAAAAUUAGCAAAUCGCCCAAUGAAUUGGACAAGCAUAAGAGGAAGAGUUCAAUAGACAAUGAUAAUGUUGAUGAAGUGCCAAAACCUACUACAAAGAAGCCAAAGACUGGCCAACUGACUUCUAGAACGAAGUCAAAAUCACAAUCAGCGGGAUCUAGUAAUAAGAAAUUGACUCCAUUAGAAAAGCAGUUCAUUGAAAUGAAAAGAUCAAAUUUAGAUAAGGUUCUUGCAAUUCAGGUUGGGUAUAAAUUUAAGUUUUUUGGGGAGGAUGCUGUAGUAGUUUCCCAGAUUCUAAGCAUCAUGUUAAUCCCAGGAAACAUUAAGUUGGACGAUUCUCAACACGAUAGAUUUGCAUAUUGCUCUAUACCCGAUAAUAGAUUACACAUACAUUUAAAGAGAUUGCUAAACCAGGGAUUGAAGGUAGGUGUGGUGAAACAAACAGAAACUGCUGCAAUUAAAUCAGUUGACAGCAAUAAUAAGAGUGGCUUAUUUGAAAGAAAAAUUACUGGGGUUUAUACUAAAGCAACAUAUAUGGGUGAUGAAUUGUUGACAGGAGAUCCGAACAUUAAUCGAACGAGCGUCACAGAUGAUGAAAUGGGUGACUAUAUAUUUUGCAUUGACGAGCUGCAUUCAAAAGACAUUGGGAUGAUUGCAAUCCAACCUAUAACGGGAGAUAUAAUAUAUGAUGCAUUUAAGGAUAAUGUUACCAGAGAUGAACUAGAAACGAGAUUAAUAUAUUUGAAUCCCAGUGAAAUAAUCGUUAUUAACGAUAAUUCCGAAAUUUCUAAAGAAACGUUAAAAAUGAUUAACAUUGUGAAUGAUAAGGUCAACAUUAUACAUAAACCAAGAAGAUCACAAACGAAAUAUACUAAUGAGAUUUAUAAUUUUUUUAGCACGAUCGACGAAGGGAAGUAUAAAGACCUUGGGGAGCAAUACUUAUUAAAAUUUCCCAAUAAUAUCCAAUCGUGUAUGAUUGAACUAAUUCAAUACUUAGAAGAAUUUAAGCUAAGUAACAUAUUUACAAUUAUUAGCAAUGUCAGCUGUUUUUCAAACUCAAAAACUUGUUUGGUUUUACCCAGUAGCACAGUUCAGGCGUUGGAGAUAUUUCAGAACACGACGGACGCAAAUUCAAAUAAGGGAUCACUAAUUUGGUUACUAAACCAUACCCGUACAAGAAUGGGUAAUAGAUUACUAGUCAAAUGGAUAUCUAAACCGUUAAUAGAUAAGGACCAAAUAGAGGAACGGUUACAAGCAAUAGAGGAUUUGACUUUCAAAUUUAAUCAUUUCAUAGAUUCCUUAAAAAAUCAACUAGAUAAGAUUGGUAAGGCAAGUAUUGAUUUAGAAAAAAACUUGAUUAAAGUUCACUAUUCAUCAACCUAUCAACUUGACAAAAUAAGUAGGAAAGAGGUUUACCUUCUAUUGAAAUGUUUUGACGAUAUUUUAACAAUGAUCAAACAUUUUGAAAACCCAACAAAUAACCAAUUUGAAUCUAUCCAUUCGCCAUUGUUAUUGAGAAUAUUUGAUGAAUUAAUUAAGCUUUCCAAGGAGGAUACUGUGAAGAAUUUACUCGACAUGAUUUCAGCGGAUGCCUUGGAUGAUUCGAAUUUAAAUGAUCAAAAAAUUAAGUUUUUUAAUUUAAAAUAUUUUAAGGACCAACAAAUUAUCGAUCAAUUGAGUGAAAUACUGAAGGUUGAGUCCUUAUUGAAUGAUGAGCUAACUGAAAUUCGAAAAAUGUUGAAAAGACCUCAACUAAAUUAUAUUACCAACUCCAAAGAGACAUACUUAAUUGAAGUUAGAAAUGGAAAAAUGGUAGAUUCUUUGCCGAAGGAUUGGAUCAAAAUAAAUGGAACUAAGACAGUAUCAAGGUUUAGGUCAACAGAAAUCACCAGAUUACACAAGCAGUUGCAAUAUCAUAAUGACAUGUUAAUUAGAAAUUGUGAUAAUGCAUUUAAUUCAUAUUUAUUUAAAAUAGAUAACAACUAUGACUUUUUUAGUAAGGUUAUCAGAAACCUAUCAAUAUUUGAUUGUUUAUUGUCAUUGAGUGCAGUGAGUUCAAUUAAUUCCAACUAUUCCAGGCCAAAAAUUGUUGAGGACAAGCAAAUUAUUCAAAUGAAGAACAGCCGUAACCCAAUAAUAGAAAACUUAUCUGUUAAUUACUCAAAUUAUAUUUCUAAUGAUAUUAAUAUAUCUUACGACGAAGAUAGAGUGUUGAUUAUAACGGGUCCAAAUAUGGGAGGUAAAUCUACAUAUGUUAAACAGGUAGCACUAUUAGUCAUUAUGGCCCAAAUUGGGAGUUAUAUACCUUGCGAUGAAGCCACGGUAGGCAUAUUUGACUCUAUAUUCAUUAGAAUGGGAGCUAGGGAUAACAUUUUACAAAAUCAGUCAACUUUUAUGGUCGAAAUGUUGGAAUGUAGUCAUAUACUUAAAAACAUGACUUCCAAUUCAUUAAUAAUACUCGAUGAAAUCGGAAGAGGUACAGGUACGAAUGAUGGGAUAGCUAUUGCAUACUCUAUCUUAAAUUAUUUGAUUGAAGAACCGAAAAAACCUUUAACUCUAUUCAUUACUCAUUUCCCAUCUUUGCAUGUUUUAGAGGACAAAUUCAAAGGAAUUGUUGCAAACUAUCAUAUGGGAUUCCAUGAAGUGUCCAAAUCUAACCAAGAAUUUCCGGAGGUUGUGUUUUUGUAUAACUUGGUUAGAGGUGUUGUUGGAAACCUGUAUGGGCUUAAUGUUGCUAAACUAGCUGGUAUACCUGACUCAAUCAUCAAUAGUGCUUAUAUCAAGUCGACAGAACUAAGAGACGCAAUAGAAGCAGAUUGGCCGAAGAAGUUAAUCAAGAUCAUUAAGCUGUUAAGAGAGACUAAUGAUUCUGAAAUCGAUUUGCUAGAAAUAGAACAGUUAUGUAAUAAUAUAGAUUAA